GACAAUACAAAGACUCAAAAAGAUUACAACACAUUGAGAACUCUCUCUCUCUCUCUCAUUUCUGAGCGAGUCAAGACUCGGUACGGAACGCAAUGGCGAGUAUAGGGAAGACUCGGCUCGACUCGGGGUGGCUCGCGGCGAGGUCCACGGAGGUUAGCCUGAGUGGGACCCAGCUCACCACAACUCACCCUCCCUCCGGCCCCACCUCCCCUUGGUUAAACGCCGUCGUUCCCGGAACUGUUUUGGCAACUUUGGUGGAGAACAAAGUCGUUCCUGAUCCUUUCUAUGGGCUGCAAAAUGAGACAAUUAUAGAUAUUGCUGAUUCUGGGAGAGAGUAUUACACAUUCUGGUUUUUUACAACUUUUCAGAGUAAGCUGUCAGGAAAUCAGCACCUGGAUCUGAAUUUUCGUGGAAUCAAUUAUUCUGCAGAAGUAUAUUUAAAUGGGCACAAAAAGGUCAUGCCAAAGGGGAUGUUUCGGAGGCAUUCUCUUGAUGUCACUGAUAUUUUGCAUCCUGAUGGUCAAAACUUGCUUGCUGUUCUUGUUCAUCCACCAGAUCAUCCUGGGAGAAUUCCCCCUAAGGGAGGGCAAGGUGGUGACCAUGAGAUUGGAAAAGAUGUUGCUACACAAUAUGUCCAGGGUUGGGAUUGGAUGGCUCCUAUAAGGGAUAGGAACACUGGCAUAUGGGAUGAGGUGUCUGUAUCUAUAACUGGGCCAGUGAAAAUAAUUGAUCCCCACUUGGUUUCAUCAUUUUUUGACGAUUACAAGAGGGUAUAUUUGCAUGCUACAACAGAGUUAGAAAAUAGAAGUGCCUGGGUUGCUGAGUGUUCUUUGAAUAUCCAAGUAACAACGGGAAUUGAGGGAAACAUUUGUUUAGUAGAGCAUCUUCAAACUCAACACCUGUCAAUUCCUGCUGGAUCACAAGUGCAAUAUACAUUUCCUGAGCUUUUCUUCUACAAGCCUGACUUAUGGUGGCCGAAUGGUAUGGGAAAACAAUCCUUGUACAAUGUUCAUAUUACCAUUGAUGUAAAGGGAUAUGGAGAGUCUGAUGCUUGGAGCCAUCUAUUUGGCUUCCGAAAAAUUGAGAGCCAUAUUGAUAGCGCCACAGGUGGAAGGUUGUUCAAGGUCAAUGGACAGCCUAUUUUUAUCCGUGGUGGUAAUUGGAUAUUGUCAGAUGGGUUACUACGUCUUUCAAAGGAACGUUAUGAAACAGACAUCAAGUUUCAUGCUGAUAUGAAUUUUAAUAUGAUCCGCUGUUGGGGUGGUGGAUUGGCUGAGAGGCCAGAAUUUUAUCAUUAUUGUGAUAUUUAUGGACUACUGGUGUGGCAAGAGUUUUGGAUUACUGGAGACGUUGACGGACGGGGUGACCCGGUAUCAAAUCCAAAUGGUCCCCAGGAUCAUGAUCUUUUCUUGAUAUGUGCAAGAGACACUGUCAAGUUUCUAAGGAACCAUCCAAGUCUUGCUCUUUGGGUAGGUGGAAAUGAGCAAGUUCCACCAGAUGACAUCAACAAAGCUUUGAAAAAUGACCUGAGACUCCAUCCUUAUUUUGAAAACUCCAAUGAAAUCAGCAAAUCUUCUGAAGAUUUAUCUGUAGUGCCAAAAGAUCCUAGCCAAUAUCUUGAUGGUACACGUGUUUACAUCCAAGGAUCCUUGUGGGAUGGGUUUGCAGAUGGAAAGGGGGGCUUCACUGAUGGCCCUUAUGAAAUCCAAAAUCCCGAAGCAUUUUUUAAAAAUGACUUUUACAACCAUGGAUUCAAUCCUGAGGUUGGUUCUGUUGGAACACCUGUUGCAGAGACUAUCAGAGCAACUAUGCCUCAAGAAGGCUGGCAGAUUCCAUUGAUUAAGAAGCUUCCAAAUGGCUACACGGAAGAAGUUCCAAACCCCAUAUGGGAAUACCAUAAAUACAUUCCCUAUUCGAAGCCAAAAAAAUGUGUUGAUCAGAUUGAACUUUAUGGAACCCCAAAGGAUCUUGAUGAUUUUUGUUUAAAGGCUCAACUGGCUAACUACAUUCAAUAUAGAGCUCUACUGGAGGGCUGGACUUCCCGUAUGUGGAGUAAAUACACUGGCGUCCUGAUUUGGAAGACACAGAACCCUUGGACUGGUCUUAGAGGUCAAUUUUAUGAUCAUCUCCUAGACCAAACUGCUGGUUUCUAUGGCUGUCGCUGUGCUGCAGAACCAAUCCAUGUCCAGCUGAAUCUGGCUACCUAUUUUAUAGAGGUUGUCAAUACUACGUCUGAGGAACUAUCCAACAUAGCUAUUGAAGCCUCAGUCUGGGAUCUAGAAGGUACAUGUCCGUACUACAAAGUUUUUGGAAAUCUCUCUGCUCCAGCCAAAAAAACAGUACCCAUAGUUGAGAUAAAGUAUCCAAAGUCUAAAAACCCAAAGCCGGUCUUCUUCCUUCUCCUCAAACUCUACCACACAUCAGACUUUGGUAUUUUAUCUAGGAACUUUUACUGGUUGCAUCUGUCUGGUGGAGAUUACAAGCUUCUGGAGCCAUAUAGAAGGAAAAAAAUACCCCUCAAGAUUACAUCCAAGGUUUUCAUCAAAGGGUCCACUUAUGAAAUUGAAAUGCAUGUUGAAAACAUGGCCAAGAGAGCUGACUCUAGAAGUUUAACAUAUAUGAACAAUUUUACAGCCAAGCAAGGUAAUGGUGAUUUUGAUAUGGCCUCAGUGGAACCUGCAACUAGUGGGACAGACGAAAAACAUGAGGUCGGUUUGUUCCAGAGGAUUUUCAGAUGUUUCACAAAGGAAAAUGGUAGUUUGAAGGUUACCGAAGUAAAUGGGGCCGAUGUAGGAGUUGCUUUCUUCCUUCACUUUUCUGUUCAUGCAUUGAAGACAGACCACAAGGAAGGAGAGGACACAAGAAUUCUUCCUGUUCAUUACUCGGACAACUAUUUCUCGCUAGUGCCUGGAGAGGUUAUGCCCAUUAAGAUCACCUUUAAGGUCCCUCUGGGUGUCACGCCUCGAGUUGCGCUGCAUGGCUGGAAUUACCAUGGUAGGCAUACUGUCCAUUGAACUGGGUAAAGAAUACUCUUUUAAUUUUGUUUGCAACCUUGUGGAAGUAUAAAAUCUAUUGAGGUCAAGUUUUACAGAGGAAAUCAUUAUCACAAGUUCCUGGAAUGCUGGAAAUAUACUUAUUGUCCUCUUCUGCUCUGAGAAACAUUUGUCACUUAAAGUUUCACCAAUGAUACCGGGAAUGAAGCAGCUAAACAAAUUGAGAGAACUUUCCAAAUUUCUGCCAAUGUUAUCUAGUUCUUCUUAGGUGAAAUACCUUCAAAUUUAUAAUAUAUGGUGUUAAGUGUUAACUCCAUGUGUAAAUAAUUUGCAGAUAUGGACCUUUUCACCA